AUGUCCAGACAAAGUUCAGUACGUCGUCAAGAAAUUAAAACAAAUGAUCGAUUCCCAAGUUUAGACAAUCAUGAAAUCAAAUUAUGUUUAGAACAAUGUGAUAUAUUUGUUACACAGGAUGAAUUAGAUAAACCUACAUCAAUGUUUUUACAAGGUUUAUUUCAACAAUUUAUUGAAAAAUAUUUAGGACUUUCACCAAUUAAAAUUAGACAAAGACAAAAUUCAUUAUUAAAGAAUGAUAUUAAUACAGAUGAUUAUUAUACUAUUGAUGAUGAAGAACAAUUUAAUGAAUCUUUAAGUCUCUUAUCUUUAAGCUCAUUAAGUUUUAAAUUUUUACAAGAUUGUGGAGUUUAUGAUUUUACAUUAAAUGAUUUAAUUAAACCAGACCAAAAGAGAGUUCAAAGAUUCUUAAGUGCAAUAAUAAAUUUUGCAAGAUUUAGAGAUGAACAUCUUAUAGAUAAUGAAGAGAUUAAAUAUGAAAAUAAUUUAAAAUUUGAUAAAUUUCAAAGAAAUUUAGAGGAAAAUCAAAAUUUAAAAGAAAGAAUUCAAAUUUUAGAAAAACAAAAUCAUGGUGAUGGAUAUUUAGAAGAAUUAAAUUCAAAACAAUUAUUAUUUGAACAAGAAUUGAAAAAUUUAAGAAUAAUUCAAGAAAAUUUAUCAAAUGAACAUUUAGAUUAUAAAUUAGAAAAAGCAAGAUUAAUUAAACAAUUAGAAGAUCAUAAUUAUUUACUGCUGGAAUCAAAAACUCAAUAUGAAAAAAUGAAGAAUUAUAUAAUUGAAUCACCAGAUAUCUUGACAAAAAUUUUACAAGAUAUGAACAAUUCAUUAAAUAAUGAUCAACAAGUUUUAAAUGAUUUAGAAUUAAGAUCAAGAAAAUUAGGUAUAACAAUUGAAUCUUUUAAUAUUAUAAAAUAUGAUUUAACAAAUUGUUUUAAAAUUAUUGAUGAAUUAAAAAUUGAAUUAAAUAAAGAAAUUAAAAAUAAAAAAAAUUUAAAUUUAAUUAAAGAACAAAUUGAAGAAUCAAAUUUAAAAUUUAAUGAUUUUAAUAGAAAAAUUCAAUUAAUUCAAAGACAAAUUAAAAGUUCCGAGGAAAAAUUUAAUAAGACUAAAAAUAUUAGAGAUGAUAAAUAUAAAGAAUUUGAUAAAAAAAUUGAUGAUUAUAAUGAUAUAUAUAGUAAAUUAAUUACAGAAAAGCAAAUUAAUGAUCAAAAUCUUUCAUCAAAACAAAAUUAUAUAAAUUCAAUUGAAAAAAAAAUAUAUAAUUUAGAAAAUUCAUUCAAGAAGGAAUAUGAUGAUACAAAUUUAGAAAUUGAAAAAUUAAAUUCACAUUUAAAAUUAUAUUUAAAUCAAAUUGAUGAAAAAAUAAAUAUACCCAUUGUAUAA